CCGCCCCUUGCCCCCUCUUAAAUUGUUUCAAGUAUUUCCAUGAAAUUGGCAUGUGGGUCUCUGUUGAGCCCUAGAGUUUUGUGUGAGUAUUUAGGGGACAUGAGUUGGUUUCAUGAUUGAUUUUUAUUGGUGAGUGAAAUAGGGGUCGGUUCUGUAUAUCUUGGAUCUGGGCUCAAGGUUUUAGGCUAAUUAUAGCUCUGAUUGUCUUAUUUUAUUGAGAGCUAUAUAAAUUUUUGAUAUGGGUUGGUUUGUGUUUUGGUGUUUUAGCUGAUGAGUUCAUUGGAGAAUUAUUGGGGGGUCUCAUAGUAGGUAUUCCUCUUAAAAAAGAGAACUUUUUGAUGCAGUUUUACUUUUAUGUUUAAAAUAUGAGUAUAGUUUUUAUGGAGCACAAAGAAAACUGAUUAGUUUGUAAAGAUGUAUUUCUCAGUGCUAUUGAUGUGAUUCGGUAGAAUUUGAUUUUGGGUGCAGUUAUCUGUUGAUUGUAUGUUAUGUUUAGAAUUUGGUUUAGUUAUUGUUGAUGCCAUGUGAAGGAAAAAAGAGAGGGUGUCUGUUUAGGAUUUGAAAUUCCCAUAUGCAGAGUUGUUUCAUUUUGCUCGGGAGCUUGGAUUUUCCGAAUGAUGUUGCCAUUUUGGGUAGACGGAUAAUUGUUGUCCGCUCCCCUGAGAAGGUUUUCCUGGAUCCUCCACUGUGUAGCGUGUUUAUAAGUUGUGCUUUGGUAGCCUUGGUGAUGCAAGAAUGGAGAAGAAACAAAAGAUAUUGGAAUCACGAGAGAGAUUAGACAAGACAUUGGCUCUGCCUGAUCUUGUAAAUGAAGAUUCAAUUAAGUCUCUUGUCAAAAAUCAGCUCCUACGUUCAUGCUCCUCUCGGGAAGAGGGAAACAUGGGAAAUGUUAUAGAGAAACGUGCAAUGGAAGUUGCUAAUUUUCUUGAGAUGCUGAGAAGUGCUUCGGAGGAUCAGAAGGCAGUUAAAGUCCAUGAUGCAUCACAGAAAGAGUGGAAGGUCAAACAAGAUACUGACCAACUCCGUGUGAUGUAUCGUGAAGGCCCCCAUGGAACUCCAUUUCAUACUUUACUUGCUGAAGGCUACGUAGAUGGACCGAUUGAUGUCUGUUUGUGCGUCUCAUGGGAGACAACUUUGUACAAGAAGUGGUGGCCACAAUACAACAUUCCUACUUUUAAAAUUACGAGCUCUGUCCGUCUGAAAAAAGUUUGUGUUGGGGAAGAAAUCUCAUUGAUAAGGGUGAAGGUUGCAUGGCCAGUUUCAGAUAGGGAAAUUCUACUGCACUUCUUUGAAAUUGAAUACUUCAAAGAAGAUCUCAUCAUUGUACUUCUUAACACGAUUUCAGACACAGAGAAUAUUGAUGUAAAUACGCAUGGAUUCAACAGCGAUGGAAUUCCUGAAGCAAAAGAAACAGUACGGGUCGAUUUGGUGGGAGGUUUUGUUUUACAAAAAGUUGGUUCCAACAGAAGCUACUUUCGGGUUAUAGCCAACAUGGAUAUCAAGCUGGAUUUUGUGCCUCCGACACUAAUCAAUUUCAUAUCGAGGCAGCUCAUUGGCAGUGGACACAAACUAUAUUCAAAGGCAGUGCGUUCUGUGGCCACAACUGACGAGGAUUACCGUCCAGCUCUGCAAGGACCAAUGUAUGCUCGGAUUCGUGAAGCCCUGGAUGCCAUCAACAAAAUCAAGACAGACUCGGUAAUUUCAGAUGAGGAGAAACACGAGGCCCUUGCUCCUGAAGUAAAGGGACACUCUGAUGCAUCAUCUACAGAAGUUGAAGCAGUCAGUGAGAUUGUGGAAGAGGAAACUGAGCAGAAUGAGGUAAUCUCUAAUGAGGCACAUGUGAGCAAAGAAGAUUCCUCAACUGAUACGAUACUAUCGGCUGAUGAAAUUGUGAGCAAAGGAAAUAUUUUUGUUAGCCCAGAGGUUGAACAUGCUCUAAGAACAGUUGACAUGGCAAUUGCUGUUCUACGGGGACGAGGGUUCUCUGGAAGCAAUCAAAGUGAUUGCUUCUCUAUUAAUCAGAAGAUUCCACCUUCUGAUGUUGUAAAUUCUUCUCCUAAUAUCAAAGAAGACACAACUGAAAAUAGUAUCAACAAUCGAAGUUCGCCAGGGGCACAAGUCACUGCAGAUGCUGGAGAUUUCAGAAGGAAUUCUGCUCCGAGAGCAGCUAACCAUGACGAUCAAAGCCAUCUGACAUUAUCGAAAGAGAGGAUUCUAGCUUUGGAUGAGAAGUCGACGGCAGAGAUUACAACUUUGACCCAGCCUCCAGUUUCAGAAAGCAUGAGGAAGGUGUGCGUUGAAGAGAACCUAAGAUCAAAUGGCUUCCAUCAAAUGGACAAUAAUCGUGAUGUGAAAUCGAGAAACAAGAAAAAAAAACAAGGGGUUUGUUGCGUUAAUCUGAGCCUCUUUCGAAGCUGAAGGAACAAUAGGGAACAUUUCGUUGCAUUAAUUUUGUAAGUAUAAGGGUUCUCACAGAAUAGAGCUUCCGAUAGGGAAAGGUCGAAGUGAUCUAUUUGUUUUAGCUGAAUAAAAGAAGUUUGAGUGUAAUUUUAUUGUUUACCAUAUCACAGUGUACAGUUUUUCAACAUAUAAAGCGUAUAUAUUAACUACAUGCUAUACUCAGUAAUUUUGACGUGCUCGGUUUUUUUU